GUUGAAGUCAUAUACUUCUCUCCAUUUUAGAUUAUGCUCUGCUCUUCAUCAUCUUCCUCCCGAUCUGCUCUCACCAUUUAUGUCUUUGUUUAAAGAAUCCCAACAUGUAUUUCAACAUUUUAUGUUGAGUUCUCCGUAGAGGCCCAAAAUUCAAUAGGUGAAGAAUUCAGAUUUAGAGAUACAUUUGACAUAUAGCUCUAUUGAGGUUUCAAGUUACAUGGGAUAAUAAAGGUAGUCGAGUUACUCAAAAAGGAUAUUGGCUUCUCUGUCAAGUGUCAAGGUGUAAGCCGAAGUUUGUUGAGGAGAUGACAAAGAACGUGAAGAUGAUAUUUCAGUUCUUUUUUCUCUCGUGGAUUGAAUUGGGAUAUGCAACUAAAUAGAAAAAACAUGCCAAGAUAAUGUCCAAGAUAAUGUCUUCAAACGUAUGUUCCUGCAGUAUAUACCAAUUGCCAAGAUGUUCUUUUUUCUCUUACCAUGCAAUGGUAUGAUCUUAUCAAAUGCCACUCAUAGAGUUCAUUGUGGAUCUGUCUGAACUGAUGGGAAAAUAUGGAGAUUUUUACGAUUUUUACCAAGGCACAAAUGUGAUCAAGUAGAUGAACUUGUGGUCUUAGCCUCUACCUAGAAGUUUUUCUAAGUUUCAGUAACACUUCUGGCGUUUAUGAAUUUGCUGCUCAUGGAUGAUAGCUACAAGGCUUCAUCUUUAAGGGUAUAUACAGGAAAGUACCUACCCUGCUCCGAAUUCAAUAUCUUGAAAAAUCGAGGCUGGUUUCCUCUCCUUGAGUUGUUAAUACCUGACAAACAAAUUCAGCUGCAGUUUUCAGAAGUUUCUCCAGUGCCUGCGAAUACCUCAGAGCCUCUUGAGAGGCAAUGUCUCUUACCAACAGCACCUAGUGUUUUGUACAAUUGAAGCAUUGUUGACCUUUGACCUGGAUAUGGCUGAACACACUCCAAUGCAAUUCUAAGAAGCUGAAUGAUUUCUUGAUCAAAUCCUUGCCCCAUCAGAGAUCUAUCAACAAUGCUAUAGAAGAUGGAGCUUGCGGAGAGAUGUGCAACCCAUUCAUCGAGUGCUUGAUUGCCAGUGUUUGGGUUCUAGGAUUCUCUCCGGUGAUCAGCUUAAGAAGCAAAAUUCCGAAGCAAUAGACAUCCUCCUUGCAAUGCUUGACUCCAAAAACUCACCAUUAGCCAAGAGGCUUUUGGUUGAAUCAGUGCCAUUUGGUUUCAAGAGCAUUGCCUCUUCAAAGUUUGAUAAAACUAGCUUGAAAUUCUCAUCAAGAUAGAUGCACUUGGAGCUAAUGUCAAGAUGGGCAACAUGAAAGUUACACUUGUGAUGGAGCUAAACCAGGCCUUUUGCUACCCCAGUUGCAAUUUGGACCCUUAAGGGCCACUCCAUGAUUCUUGCCUCACCUUCCUUUGGAUGUAGCCAAUCAUGAAGACUUCCUUUUGGCAUGUAUUUGUAAACCAGAAGUCGACUGUAUGCAGAAUCCCAAAGGGGCAAGAGGUUCUCAUGCCUCUAUCUACCCAAGGUCUUUAGUUUUC